AUGGAAAUUGUCAUUGAUGGAAUUGUAUUACCAAUCAAGUCAGGUAGUAAGAAAUCACAAAAGAAUGAACAACAACAACAACAGCAGCAACAACAAGCACAGCAGCAACAGGCAUCACCUUCACAAGCUUCACAACAUAAGCGAAAUAAGAAGAAAGAUAAAACAUUGAGAAAUAGAGCGAGAGCGAGAGCAAACUUGAAUAAUGCCGAUACGAUUCUGUUGUGUCACGACGACACUCCAUCGAAAGAUAAAAUCAAACAUGCAUCGCUACUCAGUGCUCUUGAGCGCGCCAUUGCCGCCGACGAAGACGAGGAGUUACUACUCGACUAUAUCAAGCACAUGGACGUCUCUGAUCCAGACAAGGAAAACGAGAUUUUAGAUUCAAUGAAGUUUGGUGAGGAUUUGGAUUAUAUUUACAGUUCAAUAAAGUCGAGAAAGGGACGAAAGAAACACAAAGUACAACAACCACAACAACCACAACAGCAACAACAACAAUCAUCAUCACCACCUCAGCAACAAUUGAUCAAUGUUUACUCCACUGGUAAUCUUGUCAGUGAUACAUCGGACGAGUUUGACGACGACGACGAAAUCGACCUCGAUCUCGAAGCAAUGUCCUACAAGAAGAACUGUAGAUUGAAGAGAAGAAACCAAUCAUCCAAUAAGUUGAAGCAUAAAAAACAACAACAACAAUCUCAGCAACAAUCAAACACUCCAACACCUGUUGUUACUCCUUCAAAAUUACUUUCAUUUAAAAAGGCAGGUUUACUUAAUAACGAUGAAGAGUUAGAAGAAGAGCAACAACAACAAAAAGGAGGAGAAGUAGAUGUUGUAAAACAACAACAAAAAGAUAAUGAUUUGAAUGCUUCAUCAUCUUCAAUACCAAAUACUGCUGCUUCAACGACAACGACUUCACCAUCUACACCAAAUAACUCUGUUAGAGCAAGACCUUAUCCACUGGAAAAGAAGGUAUCUUUCCAAUUGAUAAACGAUGUCAUUGUUUUGUCUUCAUCGAGUGAGGAGCAAGAGGAGGAUAUAAUAGAGGAGGAAGAUGAGGACGAACAAGAAAGACAGGUAGUUCCGAACAUCGAUUCUUCAAACGAGUCACGUGAUGCCGUAGUUGGUUACGAUAACCAAGAGGAGUAUGCUGAUGAAAGUGAUUGUAUAAUGGCUGGUGAGAGUGAUUGCUAUGAUACCGACUUGGAGAAAUCGAAUGAAACCAUUAAAACUACAACAAACUUGAACAACAGCAGCAACAAUAAUAAUAAUAUCAAUUUACAUUCAUUACAUAAUUUACACGGAUUUAACAACAACAAUAAUAAUAACAAUAACAAUAGUGCUUUACAUAGUUUACAUAAUUUACAUGGUUUUAAUAAUAAUAAUAGUAGUAGUUUACAUAGUUUACACGGAAUAAGUAAUAAUAAUAAUAAUAGUAGUUUACAUAGUUUACAUAGUUUACAUAGUUUGCAUGGUUUUAAUAAUAGUAAUGGUAGUAGUAAUAAUAUUCAUGGUAUUCCGAGUUAUUAUCAUUCACCAGCACCAAUUUCGAUGCCAAUGCAUUCAUAUUCGAAUUCAUCAUCAUCAUCACAUGUCUAUCAUGAUGUAGACGAUUCAUCUUCAUCAGAGUCGGAGGACGACGACAGAAUCGUGUCGUGCUAUGUCAAUGGAUCGGAGCCAUCGGGUGACGAGAGUUGUUUCUUUACCAAUCCGUUCAAGCAACAGACUCCACCCAAACAAAAGACACCGCCAGCUUUCACCUAUAACAGUUUGAAUUGCUAUAUGAAGCCGGACGACCACCAGGUCAUCGAUGUCUCUGACGACGACAACAUAGUCGAUAUCUCCUCGGAGUCCGAGGAAGAGGAAGACCCAGAGGCAGAGAGAAAAGGAUCAUUUGCCGAUUGGAUUCGCAAGGUACACGGUUCAUCCAUCAACCUGCCAUCAAAGGUUGCCAACAAGACACCAGAGUUGAUCGAUGUCGACAACUUUGAACCAUUCAUAAGAAAGCCAGGUAACAAUCUCAACACUUACACUCCAACAACAUCAACAACCACCACCACCACCACCACCACCAUCAAAGAUGAACCUUUCAAUAAUCAUAACCAUAGAUUAUUAUUGAGUUCAUCUGGUUCGAUUAGAAUAAGAGAUUCACGUAUAAUUCCACCAAAACCAACAUUGAAUCCAAUUAUUGUUGAGUGUUUGAAGGAUUGCUGUACUACUCAGUUGAGACAGGAGAUCGAGCUGUUGUGUGAUCGUGGACUCACUUUCUCAAGCUAUUCAUCUAAACAACUCUCUUCGAUUGCCACUCUAUUAGAUAAUUUAAUUUUAAAUAACUAUUCACAUGAGUUGCCACUCUGGCCAAUGUCAAAAGUAUCAAUGAAUCAAGUAGAAUACCUAACAAGACAAUAUGGUAUUUUCGAAUGUGUAAAAAAGAUUAAGGAAAGAAAGAUUAUAUUUAUUAUUAUUCAUACGGUCACAAAGAAACCAUCCAUUCGUAAGAAGGAACGAUAUAUUGAAUCGGCACUCACAAACUAUAUGAAUGCAACUCUGUUGAAUUCGUAUGAUAAUGUGAUGUCGUCGCCAUCCACCUCACCAAACAACAGUGGUUUCUUCCAAUCACCAAUGUCAUCGUCGGGUGGAAGUGGAAAGAAGGCGAACAAGCAUGAAAAGACAGUGCUCUACAACCGCAAGGGUAAGAUCAGCCCUGGACAAUCAAAGAAGCAUCAGAGAGGACCAAACAAAUUAAAGACUUCACCCAAAUCCAACCAUCAUAACAAUAGCAACAACAACGCCACCAAAUCACCAAAACUUCAACAUGGAGAUGUGGUCGAUCAGCAUCGUGCACCCAUACCCGACACCAAUGUCGGUAAUCUCUUACUAAAGAAAAUGGGUUGGUCAGGUGGUGGAUUGGGAGCUUCAGGUCAAGGUUUGGACACUCCUUUGCAGGCUGUAGUCAGAAAAGAUCGUCUUGGUUUAGGAUUUGUGGUUAAUUUUAAAGUUCAAUUUCGUCAUCAUGAACAACAUGAUCAAAUCCCAUUCUUCAAUAUUUGA